AUGCACAUAAACGCGUUCACUCCCAUGCACUCACAUACAAAAGGUUUACAAGUGAACAAUAACCCCCCACCCCACCCUCUACAGCCACCACCCGCGCACGCGCAUUCUCUCGCUCUCUGUCUCUUUCUUUCUUUCUUUCUUUCUCAAUUUUUUUCUUUCUUUCUCAAUUUUUCUUUCUUUCUUUCAUUCUUUCUUUCGUUCUUUCUUUCUUUUUUCUCAAUUUUUCCUUUCUUUCUCAAAUUUUCUUUCUUUCUUUCAUUCUUUCUUUCUCAAUUUCUUUCUUUCUUUCUUUCUUUCUUUUAUUCUUUUUUUCUUUCUCAAUUUUUCUUUCUUUCUCAAUUUUUUCUUUCUUUCUUUCAUUCUUUUUCUCUUUCUUUCUUAUUUUCUCAAUUUUUCUUUCUUUCUCAAUUUUUUCUUUCUUUCUUUCAUUCCUUCUUUCUUUCUUUCUCAAUUUUUUCUUUCUUUCUUUCUUUCUUUCUCAAUUUCUUCUUUCACUUUCUUAAUUUUUCCUUUUUUCUCAAAUUUUUCUUUCUUUCUUUCUCUUUUUCUCAAUCUUUUCUCUUUCUUUCUCAAUUUUUCUUUCUCAUUUUUUCUUUCUUUUAUAAUUUUUCUUUCUUUCUUUCUUCCAUUCUUUCUUUCUUUCUUUCUUUCUUUCUUUCUUUCUUUCUUUCUUUUCUUCUUUAUAUUCCAUUUCCUCUCUCUUUUCUUUUUUGGCUUUAUAUUUCUCCCCACACUCUCUCAUUUCUUUCUUUCUGUCUUUCUUUCUUUCUUUCUUUCUUUCUUUCUUUCUUUCUUUCUUUCUUUCUUUUAAGUCACAUUCCCUCCCUUUCGUUCUCAUUCCGCCUUUCUCUUUCCCUCAUCUGCUCUCACUCUUUCUUCCACCCUCUUUUUCCUUCUCACCUUUACUUUCUUUCCUCUUUCUCCCUCUGCUUUCUUUUUCUUUCAUUCCCUGGACUACCUUUCUUUCUUUCUUUCUUUCUUUCUUUCUUUCUUUCUUUCUUUCUUUCUUUUUCUUUCUUUCUUUCUCCUCAUUUCACUCUUAUUCUUUCUCUCCCUACCUUUAUCUCCUCCCCCUCGCACAUUAUCUAUCACUCUUUUACCCCCCCUCCUCCUCCUCUCCUCCUACUCUCUCUCUCUCUAUCUCUCUCUCUUUCUCACUUUACUUACCACUCUCAGCUUCCCUCACUUUGA